AGAAACUCACUGAAGCUAGCUUCUCUGCAGGUUACAAGGAGCUCACCUUCCUUGCACCUUCCGACUUUGCGUUCACAAAAGCAGCCUUCCGGCCGCGUGUCUCUGCAGUCAGUCCUUCUGAGAUUGUGAAGUAUCACACUCUAUCAGGGCUCUACAGCUUUGCGCAGCUUAAAGCCCUGCCCAACCGCAGCAAGAUACCUACUGAGGCGGGGAAGAGCAUAGUGAAGCACAGCGUGCAGGCGAGUAAGUUUUGGAAUCCCGGUACGAGUGUGGCGGUGAGCAGCCCGGGAGCGCAGCAGCUGUUUUGGGCGCAGGUGGACACCAAGAAGCUGUUCAACGGCAAGUAUGUGAAGGGGCAUGUCAUUGACUGCGUUCUCGUGCCCAACUGA